CACACUCUCACACACACACACACACACGCACAAACGGUACCAAGAUGUGCUCCUCCUCGCGCCUCCUCGUGCUCCUGCUGUCCCUCUGCGCCGUCGCCGCCGUCCCGCGCCGGGAGGGCAAGCACCUGAUGCUCUCCAAAGAGGACGUGCUUCACGCCUCGCUGGUCGACCUCCUCCUCUCGGACCUCCUGCAGACGGAGAACGAGGUGGUGGAGGACGAGGGUUUUGCGGCCGGAAUGGACCCGGGGGACGUCCACGUGGCCUUGGAGAGGUCCGCCGGCGGGGGUCAGCUUCUGGGGCCCCGCGAGAGAAAAGCUGGCUGCAAGAACUUCUUCUGGAAAACCUUCACGUCCUGCUGAGCUCCUCCUCCUCCUCCAGAACUUUGGCACCUGCCGUGUCA